AUUUAUAGACAGUCCGAGGUGGGGAAUGGGGAUAUAUAUAUAUAAAAAUCCGCAUUUCCACCCCGUCUGAAAUCACUCGUGCUUUGUCUCCUGAAUUCAAGGGUUACGAUUAUGGCACCCAAAAAGGCAAAGAAGCGGGCAGAAGGAGCCAAUUCAAACGUCUUCUCCAUGUUUGAACAAACACAGAUCCAGGAGUUCAAAGAGGCUUUCACAAUCAUGGACCAGAACAGAGACGGGUUUAUCGACAAAAAUGACCUGAGGGAUACGUUCGCAGCUUUAGGCCGCCUGAACGUCAAACAAGAGGAGCUGGACGAGAUGCUAAAGGAGGCUCCCGGACCCAUUAACUUCACCGUUUUCCUCACCAUGUUUGGGGAGAAGCUUAAAGGUGCCGAUGCGGAGGAGACCAUUCUGAAUGCCUUUAAAGUGUUCGACCCAGAGGGAAAGGGGACCUUGAGGAAGGAUUUUCUGGCACGGAUGCUGACAACGCAAGCGGACCGCUUUUCUCCAGAAGAGAUGGAGCAGAUGUUUAGCGCUUUUCCCCCGGACUCGACUGGUAAUCUGGACUAUAAGAACCUGGUCUACAUCAUCACACACGGGGAGGAGAAGGACCAAGAGUGAAAUAUCUGUCAUUUUAACAUCACGAUACAUGUAUGACGCAAUAAAUAUUGCCCCGUGCUAUAAAGUGUACUGUAGUCCAGGGUUCCACUGCAGAGUUAGCUCCGACCCUGAUAAAACUCACCUACCUGGGAUUUUCUAAUGAUCCUGAAGACUGAUCAGAAUGCUCAGGUGUGUUAGAUUAGGGUUAGAGCUAAACUCUGCGGGAAAACGAAUCUUGAAGUCCAGAUUUGAAGAUCACUGCUCUCAACAACAAUAAAAAGCAAAUAAUAUUA